AUGUGGAUAAACAAUCAAAAGAUAUUAAGAUUAAUGUUUUAUUACUUCAAAAUUUUGGGUUUCUUCCCUUAUGUCUAUGACAGAUCUGAAGUAAUAAAAAAAUCUAAAAAAACAAUUAUUUACACCAUAAUUUUAAUGUUGGGAUACAGUGUUAACUUCGUAAAUAUUUUAAUCUCAAGAUCAUCAUUUGUGCGUCCACAAGAGACAAUCUUUUCCGCAACUGUUGAUUUUGCGAUACUAGGAUUAGAGUACAUUUCUAUAUUAAUAAUAUGGAUUUAUUCUAUAACACGGUGUAGUCAAUUACAAUGUAUUGUUAAACUAUUUAUAAAAUCAAUAGAAUAUACAUCCGUCACAAUGAAAAUUGAAUUGGCAAAUAUUUAUGAUGAUAUUUUGCGACAAAUGUGGAUGGUUAUUUUAUUUUUCAAUGUCCUUUUUUUAACAGUCAUGUCAGCUGACCACGUACUUUUUUACUUGGAAAAUAAAGAUUAUGAUAAUGUUACUUGGAUUGUCUUCAAUUAUCCACGAGUUAUAGCAUUCAAUUACGUAAUGGUGUACAUAUAUUUCCUGAAAAUUUUGAAAAGACAAUUUUAUUUCAUGAAUAAAAAUAUUAGCUACUUACCAGAAGUAUAUACUGACAAGAAUAGUUUCUCGAUAGAAGUAAUAACGAUUAGGGAAUUCAAUCAACUUUAUCUUGACCUGAAAGAUCUGAUAAUAAUGUCUGAUGAAUUAUUAGCGUUACCGAUACUAACAGCGUUAUUGCUUCAAUUCUUAAACAUUAUUCUCUAUAUUUAUUUGCUGUUAAUUUUUAUAUUGAGUAAAAAUUAUUAUUGGUCAGGUUUAAUAACCAUCGGAUGGAUUUUGAUGCGAAUCUCACAAUUAUUUUUUUCCGUCGAUACUUGUAACUCAAUAUGCUAUGAGGCAAACAGAAAAGCUAAAAUUUUACAUGAGUUGUGGGCUUUGAAACGACCAGAUGGUUUCAAAGAAAUGCUGAAGAGUAUUUCACUGCAUCAACUGCAAGAGCCGGUGGAAAUAAAAUUAUAUGAUGCAUUAAAUAUGAACCACGAAUUGUUGUAUAAGAUGGUUGGGAUUAUAACAACGUAUUUGAUAAUUAUGAUCCAACUUGAUCAGCAAGUACAAGAUAAAGAGAAGCACAAAACUCAUUAG